AUGGCCGGAAAGAAUAAGAAAAAAGGCGGGGGAGCCGCCAAGGCUCCCGGAGGCGGGGUGGCUGCAGGCGGAGGCGGAAAAGACGGCGGAAAUGUCCCUGCGGGGAAGUCGGCGUCGGGGCGAUCGGCGGGAUCGGGGGAAGGGCCGGCCGUGGAGGAGCUAUUCACGAAGCUCGAAGGACACAUUCGGAAGAGCGAGUUCUCGCGCGUCGUGAAAACAGCGGAUGAAAUCCUGGCGGCGAGUCCCGGCGAUGCGGACGCGCUGCGGUGCAAGGCGGUGGCGCUCAUUCAGAACGGCAGCGUCGCCGAGGCGCUCAAGCUUAUGGAGGCGCCCAACGCGCCGCCGGACAUGGCGUUCGAGAAGGCCUACUGCCUGUACCGUCUGAACCGUCUCUCGGAAGCUCUCUCGCUCCUAGGCUCUGUGGAGCGAACAGCCGACACUCUCCAGCUAGAAGGCCAAGUCCUCUACCGCCUAGGGGACUCCGCGGCGUGCAUCAGCCGCUUUGAAGAGCUGAUCAAGCGGCACCGCCUGGACCAGUCGCAGCUGGAGGUGAAGACGAAUGUGCUCGCGGCGUAUGUGAUGGGCGGAAGGAGUGGCGAGGUGAAGGGGCUGAUGGAGAGCCAGCUGCGGGUGGCGCCGAGAGACGCGUUUGACGUGGCGUACAACGCGGCGUGCGCGCUGAUUGAGAUGCGGGAUUACCGGGCCGCUGAGGAGAUGCUGCUGCUCGCGCGCAGAGUGGGCCAGGAAGUCCUGAUAGACGAGGAGCUGUCCACCCAAGAAAUAGAGGACGAGCUGGCACCUAUCACCGUACAGCUGGCGUACACGCAGCAGAUGCUGGGGCGCCGCAUGGAGGCCCUCGAGAGCUACCUCGCCUUCCUCAAGCGCAAGCCUGCUGACGCGCCCUCCGCUGCUGUCGCUGUCACGAAUCUGCUGGCCCUGAGGAACGCCAGGGAUGUUGUAGAUGGGCUGAAGAGGCUCGAUCGGGUGGUUGCUGUGACGGAGAAGGGCGGGAAGGAGGGGAAGGGGGAGGGUGUUGAGGUGGUGUUUUUGGAGAAUCUGGAGACGAAGCUGUCUCGCAAGCAGAAGGCUGCUGUCAUGCUCAAUCGCUUCCUGCUGCUCGUCGCUGCUAAUCGCCUGGAUGAGGCACGAGCGUCCUUACCCUCUGUGGAGCGCCUUUUACCCGACACCGACGACCCUCUUCCCUUGCACGCAGCUCUCCUCAUCAAGGAGGGUCGCACUGACGACCUCCCCGCCAUCCUCUCCUCCCUCGCCGCCUCCUCCACCUCCCCCUCCGGUUCGGCGCCUGCCGAGCCUGGGACUGAGCCUGGCGCAGUGGCGGGAGGCGAAGCGGGUGGGGGAGCGGGCGCAGGGGUACAGGGGGGAGAAGGGGGGUUCAGUCGUGUGCAGUCGGCGCGGCUGCUGUCGGCGCAGGCAGCAGCAAUGGCAGGGCGGUGGGCUCAAGCAGCAACGGAGCUGGGGCAAGUGGAGGGGAUCCAGCACAGGCCGGCUGUUGUGGCAACACUCAUGGAUCUCAAGGAGAGGGCAGGGGACGUGGCGGGAGCCAAGGCAGUGGUGGAUGCAGCAGUGGAGUGGUGGCAGAACCACAUGGACGUCGCCUCCUCUGCCACUGACCUUGCGGCUAUCCGUGAGGCUCUACUGAGAGCAGCGGCGGAGUUCAAGGCGCGGCACGGGGCAACGCAGCAAGCAGCAGACGACUGGCAGGCGCUGAGGAAGCUGGCUGCCAGCCCCACGCUCAAGACGCAGGCUCUCGCAGGGCUGGUGUCUUGCACGUCUCAAGUGGACCCAGCAAGCGGCCUGCAGGCGCUGAGGAAGCUGGCUGCCAGCCCCACACUCAAGACACAGGCGCUUGGUGGGCUGGUGUCAUGCACGUCCCAAGUGGACACAGUAACGGCUGAGAAGCUAGCCACGGACAUUCCCCUCAUGCCUGGCACAUCACGCCUUGAACACUUUCAAAACUUCCAAAUAGUAAUGCGCGUCUCUAAGACCCCUGCCCUCCCCUGUGCCACACCCCUUGCAGUAACGGCUGAGAAGCUAGCCACGGAGCUUCCACCCAUGCCUGGCACAUCAGGCCUCGACGUCUCCUCUCUCCUGCAGCGCCCCGGCCCGUCCACCUUCUCACACUCUGCUGCUGCCGCUGCACGUGCCGCCAAGCGCCCUGCUCCAGACGAUGAGUCUGCUGCUGCGUCUGCUGCUGCGGCAGCGAGCGAAAGGGCUCGGGCGAAAAAGAAGCGCAAGCGGAAGGUGAUUCUGCCUAAAGGGUUUGAUCCGGCGAAUCCCGGACCUCCGCCGGACCCGGAGCGGUGGUUGCCGAAGCGGGAACGGUCGAGCUUCCGACCGAAGAAGAAGGAUAAGAGAAAGGUGGAUGUGCGGGGGGCGCAGGGGGCGGCAGUGGUGAAAGGGGAGAAGUCGGAGGGUGGGGGUGUGGUGGGGGGACUUACUGGUGAUGGCGAUGGUGGGAAGGGAGGAAAGGCAAGUGCGGCGGCGGCUGCUGCUGCGGCUGCUGGGAAGGGAGGGGAUGGAGGGAAGAAGAAGGGAGGGGGAAGGAAGGGGAGGCGGUGA